UGGGCGCUGACACCACGAGUCACUGGUGAUGCGUCUCAACCGACGUUCUACGAUCGCCGUGAACCAAGUGGUGGGCGACUAGGACAUGGGCCCGCUUGUUUAGGACGGCAAGAUGCCCAUCCCGCCGCCCUUAUCGCGAGAAGACUUCAAGAUCACCAUCAUCUGUGCCCUGACGCUGGAGGCUAAGGCUGUCGUACAGCUUUUCGACGCCAUCUACGACGAGAACCUCGACCAAUACCAAAAGGCGCCUGGCGAUAACAACACAUACACGCUGGGAAGCAUUGGGAAAUAUCAUGUGGUCCUUGUUUAUAUGCCCGGGCCUGGCAGAGGGUACGCCUCCAGUGUGGCAACAAAUGUCAAGAGGAGCUAUGCCUGUCUAGAGCUGGCGCUUGUUGUGGGUGUGUGCGGGGGUGUCCCAUACACGAAGAGCCAGACAUUCGAACGACAAGAUGUCUUGCUAGGAGAUGUGGUUGUGAGCAAGGGCGUGGUGCAGUAUGAUCUCGGACGCCUCCAUCCUACAGAAUUCGUCCGCAAGAACACCGCGCUCGCCAACCUCCCAAGACCGAGGCCGGAGAUUCUUUCGUUUCUGAAAAAGUUGGAGGUGGGUUAUGAGCGGCUGAUCAGUCGACUAGCCACUUAUCUAGCCAAUGUUCAGAAGAAGUUCCCAAGCGGCUAUCCGGGCGCCGAGAAGGAUAGGCUAUUUAGCCCUGAGUACAAACAUCAAGCGACGAACUGCAAAUGUGCUGAAUACACCCACUACGAUGAUGGCAUCGUUGCUCGUCAGGGAGAUCACGCACGGCAUGAUCAGGGAGCAGUGGUGCAUUUCGGCCUUGUCGCGUCUGGAGACACGGUCAUGAUGUCCGCCCAUGACCGCGACCGAAUCUCUGAAGUCGAAGAUAUUAUUGGGUUCGAGAUGGAAGGCGCAGGUGUCUGGGAAAAUCUUCCAUGUAUUGUGAUAAAGGGUGUUAGCGAUUAUGCCGACAGUCACAAAACAAAGGAAUGGCAGCACUUCGCGGCGGCCAGUGCAGCAGCAUGUACGCGGGCGAUUUUGGAUGAGACUCCAGUUUAUUUGCAGAACCAAUCGACUGGCAUUUCUAACAACCUCAGUCAAAGCAUGCCGGUGGCACCUUCCAGGAAAAGGCCAGCUGCAGAGAUCAGCGAAUCUAGCUACGAAGACGACUUUUAUAUUGAGUCGUUGACGUUCCCACAAGCUCAAUUUCGUCUAGAGGAAAUAAGCUCGGCCCAUGAGAAGACUUGCGAGUGGAUAGUUGGACGCCCUGAGUACCUGUCAUGGAUGAGUGAGGAAUCUUUGCCAAACCAUGGGGGUUUUUUCUGGAUCAGAGGAAAGCCCGGCGCGGGGAAGUCGACUAUCAUGAAGUACCUGCUACUGAACGCAAAGAAAGAGCUUCUUGAUACUGUCAUCCUGUCCUUCUUCUUUCACGCUCAGGGCACUCUCUUGGAAAGAUCUGUCAUGGGGAUGUAUCGAUCAUUAUCACACCAGCUGUUGAAUUCUAGGGUGCCAUCUGACGCUAGAAAUGCAUUCCUCAAUGUGGCCAAACGUCUUGAGCUCCAAGAUGGCAAUCUUAUCUGGACGAAAAGAGAUGUGAAGAACUUGUUGUCGUUGACCAUCAAGUCUUUGCAGGGGCGCCGUAUACUGUUUCUGAUUGAUGCAGUAGACGAGUGUGAUCAAAGGGAGGUUGAAGAUAUGACAACAUUCUUUCAAGAGCUUGGGAAAUCCGCAGUCGAACAUAAGGUCUAUCUGAGAAUCUGCUUGGCAAGCCGCCACUAUCCACACAUCACCCUUGACAAAGGAAUUGAGGCCAUCGUUGAAGAUCAGCAGGAGCACCAAGAUGACUUGAGAAAAUACGUUGAGACAAAGCUGAAAGGUGGUCGGUCAAGUCUUAUCCGAGGUAUCAGAAAUGAAAUUUGUGAAAGAGCAGAUGGAGUUUUCCUGUGGGUUAUGCUUGUUGUUCGUUCAUUAAAUGAGGCCUUUGACAGAGGCAAUAUAAGCGCCUUGCGAAAACGACUGGACGAAAUACCGGCUGGCCUCGAUAAUCUUUUCACGGACAUCCUGACACGAGAUCAAAAAGACAUGCACGUGCUCAUAUUCAGCCUUCAGCUCAUUCUUUUUGGCCGCCGGAGCCUGACAAGAGAGGAACUCUAUUUCGCUGUCCUGUUCGAGAAGACAAAUGCCAUUGAAGACUAUAUCGAUCCAGAGUUGCAUUCAACCACGGUCAUGGACAGACUGGUGCUUGAUGUUACCAAAGGCCUUGCUGAGAAUGCUAAGCAAAGCGGCAGAGCAAAGCCUCCUCGUGUUCGUUUCAUCCACGAGUCCGUUCGAGACUUCUUACUUCGGAGGAAUGGCUUGGCUAUAAUCCAGUCCCAAAGAAAUGACUCCACAAGCUUCAUUGGAUUGUCUCAUGAUCAUCUGAAACAAUUCUGUUUUGAUUAUAUUUCUGGGAUACUAUCAGGCAGAGAAUUUCUGCUGUCGAGAUAUACGCCGCAAUCCAUACAGGAAGCCUUCCCUUUCCUUGACUACGCUAUUCGCAAUGUCCUCGAACACAGCGAUUUGGCACAAGCAGAGGAAAUCCCUCAAAAGGAGUUUCUAUCCGCAUAUUCCAACCGGUUCAAUGACUUCAAACGCGUCUACAAUGUUGUUGAAAAGUAUGCAACACGACAAUACAAGGAUGACUGGUCACUCCUUUAUGUCAUGGCCCAUUGCGACCUGAGUUAUCUCAUACAAGUCCAACUUGGUGAAUCGCAUGCUUGGCAUUUGGGCGGCCAAUAUCUGUGUCCAAUGGGUGUCGCGUUUCGCAAUGGAAACAUGACGUCCGUUCGAGCUCUUUUGGGACUGCAGCCGGAUUCACAACCCCAAAGUUUGAAUGUCGCCAUUGAGCCCGAGAUGGUUUCUCGCAUGACGCAAUUUUUCGUCGAAUUGGAUGGACAGAAAAAGCAGUCCAAAUCAAAGGUCAAGAAUAGUCAGCGGUUACUAUCUUACGCAUUCGAGGGCAAGUGCGUGAGCAUAUUGAGACUUUUGCUUUUCACAAAUCUUUUUGAUUUCAACGAUACUUUGAAAAAUGGCAGAAGAACUCCUUUGAGUUGGUUGAGUUGGUCAAUUCUCAAUCAUGAGCCAGGUCUCGUCGAAUUUUUGGUAUCCGAGGCGAAGGUCAACAUACAGGCUGAUAUCAAUAAGGCUGACAGCAUCAAAAAGCCCCUCCUCAGGGCCGCUUUCAGAUCGGAUUAUGAGACCAGCAAACCUCCCGGCAUGACCCGUUCUGGAUGGAGAGAGGCAGACAGACGCAUUUUGGAUACAUUGCUGCGGCAAGAUUCACUGGAUCUGAAGUACCAAGAUGAAAAUGGCAUGAAUGCCGUUCAUUGGGCAGCCCUGGCGAAUGAUGAAUCAUCGCUGGAACGUCUUAUCAAACGCGGAUUCGACUACGAACAUUGUGACUCCACCGGACGGGACCCGCUGUCUCAUGCUGUCGAACACGGUCAUGUCAACAUUGUGAAGGCUUUGCUUGAGAUAGAGGGAAUCGAAGUUGACAGGCGUGAUCAAUCAGGAAGAACCCCGCUCAUAUGGGCUGUGGCAGGCGAUGCGGGUCAUCCAAUCGAACGAACAAUGUCAGUGAUUGAAGAGCUGUUCAGGACAAACAGAGUCGACUUCAAUGCCCAAGACAGAGACCUCAACUCUGCUUUGGCCAGUGCAGUUCGGAGAGUUAACCCAUGGGGAGUUGAAGUUCUGCUGAACUUCGAAUCGGUAGAUGUCAACAGCAGAGACCUGUACGGACGGACACCACUGAUUGCGGCAAUCAUUAGCAGAACGAACACAGCCAUCAUCAAAAAUCUUCUAGGUUGUGACAGAGUAGAUGUUGAUGCCCAAGAUACCGAUGGACGAACAGCCCUUUCCUGGGCUAUUGGACCGUUAAACUUCCCCUGUACUAUGAAAGGCUAUAUUAGUACAUCCUCUGAAGACUGGGUUUCAAAUGUUCAGGCGAAACAUAUUGAGGUGGCCAAACUCUUGCUGGCGUCCCGAACGCCUGAUACUGGUCUGGCCGAUGUCUGGGGCCAUCCACCAACAUGGUGGGAACAGGCCUAUAAGAUCGUUCUUACUGAGCUAGGAAGUGCCAGGUUACAAGAGAAGUUGAGGGCCAGGCCUUCCCUUCAGUCUCUCCUAGAAGACUCCCAUUCUCCACCCGGGGGUGACGCGUUAGUCCAGUAUAUGGAAUUGGAAACCAUCAAAUCCGAAAUGCAACGAUUUCUGGAUGGGAAAGAUAUUCUGAAGAGUCGCGUUCAAUUCGAUUUGAGAUACCAGAAUGUGAAAUUUGGGACAGAUUCGGUGCUUGAAGGAACAGAUAUCAAAAUAAAUAUUUCCCAUGACUUAGACUGAG